AUGAGUGAUGUUUUUAGUUUGGGUAGUCCGCUUACCAACACUGGUGAAAACGUGGUAGUGUAUAUGGGUGAGAAUCAGUGUCAGUUGAAGGAGAAUCACAUCCCUAAUACUAACAUUCGUGAAGAGGCGACAGCGUCUGCGCAAGUAAACCAGCAGCCAAUUCAUGAAUCGGACUACCAAAAUAAUUCACCAAUCGUCAAAACCAAACGUGGACGUCGUUCAAACCUUGAAAGUUUGAGUCAUCACCGCUCCAGUUCAACCUGCUCGAUCACAGAUUACUUUAAGAGGAAACGUAACCUGGACGACAGUCUUGAAAAAUCCUUCCAGGAGACAGCAGACAAGAUACUCGCUUCUUUGAAAAAGAAGCAAUUCAGAGAAGAACAUCUAUCUUCGCCCUCUAACGACAUUUCUUCCUCAGCACCAGUAGCAGCAUCCUCACCGGAAACAAUGAACGACUGUGAAAGUAUUCUGAAAGCCAUUAAUGAUCUAAGAGUGGAUCUGAACAAUAAAAUGGAUGCAUUAAGGAUCAGCAAUGAAGAUAAAUUCUCAUCGCUGGAGAAUAAAGUUUCCAAACGAAUCGAGGCAGUAGAAGUAAAACAGAGGACUGAUUUUAAAAACCUAAAUAAUAAAUAUGAUAACCUAGCGCUCAGUCUACAAAAUAUCAACAAAAGGCUCGAUAGUGGUACCACCCCUAAUUCUGGCAAUGAUAUGUACCCCGCGAAGAUGAAUAAACUCCUUAAAAUCGCGCAAAACAUGGAAAAGAAGGAUAGGGAGGAAAGGAAGGAUAAUAUAGUCAUAAAAGGAUUAAAUAAUUCGCACAAUCUCGAAGAAGCUACGGUCCUUAUUAAUGACUUCUUAAAAAGCAAAUAUGGCUUAUCUAACUGCUACAAAUCUCUGAAAGUACUUGGUAAAGACCAGAAUAUAUAUAAGAUAACUCUUAUGAACAGUGAACUUAAAAAACAAAUUAUGGCUAAUAAAAAACGUAACCUGGCGGAUACUAGAGUCUUUAUUGAGAACGAUCUUACUGAACAGCAAGCCUCAGAAAUGUAUAACCUGAGACUUGCCACGAAAGAGCACAAACUAAAAGGAGACAAAGUCAAAUUUUUUAGAAAUAAAGUCAGUAUAAACGAUAAGUGGAUGCAGUGGGAUGAAGACCAAGGAGGACUAGUAGAAUCGCGGACCCCAGUACGCAACAUAGAAAGCAAAAAAAAUAAUAACCCGACACGAACUUCCAAACACAACAAACAAUAA